AUGUGCGACUUCGAUCAACCUCUGUUCAGUGAACAGAUUCUUCGUCUUCUGAAAUCAACCAAGAAUCCCGAGCCCAACUCUCCUGACACUCCACCUCCCACAACUCCGGGCGGAUAUAAGCGUAACCUUGGUCCUGAACCUCCAAGACCUCUAGAGCCACCUUCUGGUCUUUCCAUGUCGCCCUACAAGCAGCGAGGACAUCUUAUGCUGUCAGCGCCCUCUGACUCCAGAACUGGCACCACACCUCCUCCGGUUCCCCGACCUCCGCCUAAUUCGCCCGACAAGAAACGAGGAGACCUUGUGCUACCAGAGGCCUCUGACUCCCGCACUGGCACGACACCACCACCGAGGCCCAAGACUCCACCCAACACACCGAAGAAGCAUUCCGGGGAUUAUAGUUUCAACACUCCCAGUCCACCACCUCGUCAUUAUAGUCCAACUAUAUUGCCCAACAAUCGAUUUCGCAACUUCGCGCCUCUAGGCAUGGUUGAUAUCAUAGCUUGCGCUUGAGUGCCAAACACUGGUAGUCGACUGAGAAGCAUGAGUGGACG